AUGAAGAACGUCUACUGCGAGGACGGAGGAGUACAAUUUGAAGGCUCCCAAAUCGUGGAAACUUCGUCAUACGUAUACUUCGGGCAUUCUAUGAAGAUGGAAAACGACUUGAACGAAGAACUGAAUAGAAGAAUGAGAGCAGCAUGGGCAGCAUUCACAGCCGUCAGGAAAGCUACGGACCAACUGACGGACCAAGAUCUUCGUGUCCAUCUGUUCGACUCGACAGUUCUUCCAGCGUUCUGUUACGCAGCGGAGACGUGGGCAGGCACCGCUGCCACGUCUAGGAAGCUACUUACUACCCACAGAGCCCUUGAGAGAUGUCUUCCGAAGUUUAACCGGCGCACACAACACCUAGCCAGUUUUCGCAGCUCCGACUUAAGAGGAAUGUCCCGUCUUCCGGACCCAGCGAUGGAUCCCAAGAGAUGCUAA